GAUAUGUUCCGAAUUCAAACCCAGUCAUAUCGCAUGCCAUUCGUCGUCUCUUCAUUUCCAGCGAGCUUCAUCAACAUUCCGAUCAAGCAAAACAGUGGCAGCAAUGCCGGCGCCGCAGCAGAGAUCUCGCGGCCCGAAGGGCUCUUUCCGCCCCCACGCAAGAUACGUUCCGAAAAUCGAUAUCGUCUCAUCAGUCCCCGCCACCGAAGCCGUCGCCGUGCUCAGCAACACCAGCGAUCAAUCCGCAUCCAGCCAGAGGAAGCCCGCCACGCCCCUCACCACAUCGCUGAGGUCGAGCGUUACGGCGAAGCCUGCAACUGCUGAUAAAAGCGAUGGCAGCUCUUUUCCGAGAUACUUGCCACAGGACGAGGCGGUCGCAUCAGGAUUCGGAGCGGAUGCCGGAGGAUUGGACUCCGUUGAGUCGCAGGCAGUUGUUGAUUUUCUCAACGACGAACUGCGUUGUUUACUCAUGAAGAAACCCAGGGAUUUCUGGAAAGAAGUGGCGAAGAAUGAUUCGUUGCAUCAGUUUCUAGAUAGUUACUUGCAGUUCAGGAGCAGAUGGUAUGAUUUCCCGCAUCGUGGAUCCAGGGGAGUGGUUGCAGGCGUGAUUGUUGGAGAAGCUGAUUUAUGCCGUCGAGUAUUUUUGGUCCUUUAUCGGAUGUCCUCCAAUAGAGAUCCAGGGGCUCAUGCAAGUGACUACCUUAGCAUAAAAGAUCAUACAGCUCUUUUACAGGAAAAGAGGCUGUUUGAAUUACCAAAAUUGUUGGAUAUAUGUGCCAUCUAUGGACAUGAAAAUGGGGACCUCACUAAGUCACUGGUUGAAAAUGCCAUAAAAGUUCAGCCACAGAUUUUAGACAACCUAGGGGGCGUGGUAUCCCAUUUUCUAAGCAUAGUACACACAAUGUCUGAGCGCUGCAACAAAUCAGUAGAGCUACUUGCUUCAUGUGGAGGUGACGGUGGUCAGGGGUUCAUGCAACUAUCUAAUGAUUUUUUGGAGGUAAUGGAUUUCAUAAAUGAUGCCAUCAUGACGUUUGAAGCAUUUACUGAUACAUAUAGACCAGCAGCCUUCCAUUUCUCUGUUUCCUUUGAAACUGGCCAUGGGAAUGAUGAGCUACUCAACACUAUCGCUAGGCUGCAUGAUUCAUUGAUCCCAUCGAUGUUGCAUGGAUUUUCACUCGCCUCUAAUGACCGAGAAAAUAAUAGGCAAGAAUCAUAUGGAGAAAUUCCUAAUAUUUAUCUCAGCUUUAAAAUGCUGUCAAAAAGGAUAGUUGAGUUUGGUUGGAUGUUGCUGGACUCAUGUUAUUUGAAUGGCGAACUCACCGAUGAAAAUCUUCUUCGGAGUACUUCAAAGGUGUUUCCGGCUAGUGUUGACAAUCCUUCUUUACGGGGCGACAUUUUGGUUCAGACGUUGAAAGAGAUAAAUGGAGAAUCACAUUAUCAGGUGGAGCAUCAUAAUUUUGGGACUUUUAAUGAGAACAUUGAAAAAAAAUACAAAAUAUUCAGCAAAAUCAACAACCUUUGUAGUCAAGGAUGGAUUUCAUUGGAUGAAGAACAGUUGCAGUACUUGUCACGAAUACUGAAUUCAUCUUCUUCAACAUUUUCCGCAAGUGCACCGGCCUUGCCGAUCCCGUCUCACAUAAGUCAGCCACAGGCGGACGAAGAAGCUGUGCUUUUGGAUUCAAAAAUCAGUCAAAUAAAAGAUUUAUUUCCAGACUAUGGCGGAGUUUUCCUCAAGGCCUGCCUUGAAGUCUACAACCAUGACACAGAAGAGGUGAUUCGAAGGAUUUUAGAAGGAACUUUGCAUGAAGAUCUUCUUUCUCUUGAUACUUCAGCAGAACAGAUUCCUCAAUCCAAUCAGACAAAUCUGAAUGAUAAAGGAAAAGCAGUUCUGCUAGAGCAGCCUUCAUCACAAAAGAAGAAUCCGAUAUCGGCUCCGCUCGAUUUCAAACGACAAAAUGCGGGUGGCUCUUCAUCCUCUCCAUCUUCAUUCGGCCGAUUCACAAGAAAGUCCACGAAUGAUGCUCUUGAUUCCGAAGUCCUGGAUUCAAGAUCUUCCAAAGAUGCCAUAAGAUCUGCCAUCCUUGCGGCGGAGUUCGAGUACGAAGAUGAAUACGAUGAUUCAUUUGACGACUUGGGUUUGAGCGCCGUGGAAUCUGGUUUCGAGGAAACGGAAAAUUUAAGCGAUGGGAUCAAUUUGUCAUCAGGGAAGUCGAUAGAAACUGAUCAAAGUUCGGGUACGAGAUGGAAUUCACAGAAGAAGCCAUUGUUUUAUGUCAAGGAUGGGAAGAACUACAGCUACAAAGUGUCUGGUUCUGUGGGCGUGACGAGUGUGAGAGAUGCGGCAAUAUGGAAUGAAGCUCAGAAAGAGCUCAUUCAUGGCCUCGGCCGCGGAGGAAAUCUCCCUCUCGGUGCUGUUAAAGUAUUGGAAGAUUCUGAUAGAGUAGAAGAGGAAGAAUCCAUUGCUGCAGAAAGUUCAGGCAGGGGGAGCUCUGGUUUUAGAGGAAGGGGAGGGAGGAGAGGUGGUGGUCGUGGGAAUCAUUAUAGGAAGGACAGAGCUAUGAAAAAACAUUUUUCUGGUUUGAGUGGCUACUGAAUGCUUUCAUUUUU